AUCGCGCAGCGUGCAGGAAACGGAACUGUGGAGUCCGCGAUGAGUUUAUUUCUCGGUUAAUCAACUGCUUCAAACUAUUAGGUCCGUUUAAAUAAGCACUUUACCGCUUUUAAACACUUUUUAUCCAAGAGAUUCUCAUAGACAUUACAGUACAACAUGUCUGCGUCAGCUGUGUUCGUGCUGGAUCUCAAAGGAAAGGUGCUGAUUUGCCGCAACUACAAAGGUGAUGUGGACAUGUCGGAGAUUGACCACUUUUUCACCCUCAUAAUGCAACAGGAAGAGGAGGGGCUUACCUGCCCUGUUAUGUCACGUGGCAACGUCCACUUCCUGUGGAUCAAGCAUAACAAUCUGUACCUGGUGGCCAUCACAAACAAGAACUCUAACGCUUCUCUGGUUUACGCCUUCCUGUACAAACUUGUAGAGGUCUUCACUGAGUAUUUUAAGGAGUUGGAGGAGGAGAGUAUUCAGGAUAAUUUUGUUGUGGUGUACGAGCUGCUGGAUGAACUCAUGGACUUUGGAUUCCCGCAGACGACGGACAGCAAGAUUCUUCAGGAAUACAUCACACAGGAGGGCAAUAAGCUUGAGGUGGCCAAGACCAAAGUACCCACCACGGUGACCAACGCCGUGUCCUGGAGGUCCGAGGGCGUCAAAUACAAGAAGAAUGAAGUCUUUAUAGACGUCAUUGAGUCCAUUAAUGUUCUGGUGAACGCUAACGGCAGUGUGAUGAGCAGUGAUAUCGUGGGCAGUGUCAAACUGAAGACGAUGUUGUCAGGAAUGCCUGAGCUCAGGUUGGGUCUCAACGACCGCGCGCUCUUCGCUCUCACCGGCCGAGACAAAGGGAAAAGUGUCACCAUGGAGGACGUGAAGUUUCAUCAGUGCGUCCGUCUGUCCCGCUUCGAGAGCGACAGAACCAUUUCCUUCAUUCCACCUGACGGAGAAUCGGAGCUCAUGUCUUACCGUAUCAACACACAUGUAAAGCCGCUCAUCUGGAUUGAGUCUGUCAUAGAGAAGUUCUCACACAGUCGGGUGGAGAUCAUGGUGAAGGCUAAAGGCCAGUUUAAAAAACAAUCUGUAGCAAAUAAUGUUGAGGUUUGUGUUCCGGUGCCAAGUGAUGCAGAUUCUCCCAAGUUCAAAACCAGCACGGGCCACGCCAAAUACGUUCCUGAGAAGAACCUCGUGGUGUGGAGCAUCAAAUCCUUCCCGGGUGGUAAGGAGUUUCUGAUGCGAGCCCAUUUCGGCCUGCCGAGUGUAGAGAAUGCUGAAGCAGAAGGAAAGCCUCCAAUCACCGUCAAAUUUGAGAUCCCAUAUUUCACAGUGUCAGGCAUACAGGUUCGAUACAUGAAGAUUAUUGAGAAGAGCGGUUAUCAGGCACUGCCGUGGGUUCGCUAUAUCACACAGAGUGGAGAUUAUCAGCUGAGGACAAACAUCUGAUGUGAGAUCAGUGCUUUGGUGUUCACACCAUUAUGGGAAGGAGAUUUUUUUGUUUUUAAGAAAUAUGUGCUAGUAAUAUAAUUUAUUCUGCAUGUCAACAGCGUUUCCUUUAUUUUUGCUGUAUAAAUAUUGUUGCUUGAUGCUAAAUGAAAUCAUUUCAGGCCCAAUGAGUUUUCUCAUUUCUGUAUUCCUUAACAUUUCAAUAAACGACACGUAUUUGUGUA